AACUUUUUAACUUUCUUUCCUUGGAUUUUUAACCACUUUCCGUUAGAAUUUGUGAAGCAAACACAGCCACAUACAACACCCACCCUGUUUGGUCGACAUUUCGCUGCAUGAAUCAAGAGCAACAUAAUAACCUAAUUCCUGUGACUGUCCAGCACAGUGAACUGAACUGCUUCCUCCUAACCAACAUGCCAUGAACCCUUCUUUACCCUCCAGCCACUGUUUCUGUCUCGCUGAGAGAGGGCAGGGUGAUUGGCGCCCGUGCCUCAUCACUGAGCCAAGCAAACGCCCCUCAAAUGUUCACCCUUUACCCCCGGACUGCUGCCUCCAUCCCAGUUACCAAAGUGCAUGAAGCCCCUAUUCCCCCUCCCCCGCCCUCUAUCAUCCCCUGCAUCCUGGUCCGGUUUGAUGCUGAUGUGCUGCAAUGAUUGCAAAGGCAAACUUCCACCCUCCACUGCCUGUCACCCAGUGACAGCGUGACCAUCUCAUCCCCUCCCAUCAACCCUCAUUCAGUGUGUAAUCGAUUAACCUUGAAGGAUCAUUUGCCCGUGAAUGUGUUCAGUAAGUGCUCACAGUAUGCGUGAGUUUCAGUGGCGUUUAAGCUCUGUUAGUUUGUAUGAAUGACGCUGACAUAAUUUAGUUUAGUCGAUUCUUAGAAAGGUGAUUUUCACGGAACUUAAAAGUAAAUAUCCUAAUUUCCUUUUGAACUACUAGGUGGCAAAUGAUUAAAACUUCUUGUCCAUCUCAAGGUAAAAUGCUAAUAUUUCAUCUGCAGUUAACACUAAUGCCUUUUUGAUUUACAUCUGAAUGAUGCCUAAAUUGUAUUCUGCAUGCUUGCAUGUUACUGACUAUAUAGUGUUUGCAUGUAAAGAGAUGUUAUAGCCAGUUUAUCUUUCUCUGGGGCAGUCCUACUCUGCUGGAAACUGCCCUCCUGCCAUAUUAUUGAUUCUGUACUCGGAACAAAUCUUGCUCCAAAUGCAUGAAAAAUACUUUUAGCGCUAUUUAAUUUCUUCCUUAACCACAAAUUGUCAUGUUUAAAUCAACACUUGCAGGCCAAUAUUCUGCAGCUAUUUACCAUGAUGGCUUUUUGUGUCUUUCUUCUUGGAGUAUGAUUGUAGUCCAUCUCAUCAUUAUCAGUUUUAUGAAAGAAAAUAGGUUUAAAGGGAAAAAAAAAAUUCAAGCUGUUAGUAAUGGUGGGGAACUUUUAAUAUGCAUUUAAUGCAAAAACCUUUGCAUGUAUUUAUAUCUGUAUGAAGCCACUCAGACUAGUAGGGAAUGCAAGUUGGUGGUGGUGAGUUUCCUGUCACAUUAUAGAUAUUUUUCAUUUGAUGAAUCAGACCAAUAAGCCACCAGCCGCAGAUUUUCUUUAUAUUUUCAUUUGACGUUUGUGUUCUGCAGAAGGAUUCUGAUGAAAAUCUAAUAAUGCUUUUUUUCUUUAGUGAAUCAGCCGGUGCUUGGCAAACUAUAUAUCUCAAACUUAACGUCAGAGAGCUUUUCUAUCCUGUGGAACGCCACUGAAGGAGAGUUUGAUGGUUUUAUCCUGGAGAUAAUUGAUUCUGAUUGGCUGAUGGAGCCAAAGGAAUAUAACAUAUCCCACAAUGAUAAGUCCAUCAAUGUCAGAGAGCUCAGGCCCAGCACUGAUUACAUAGCCUACCUCUAUGGGACGUACAAGGGAUCCCGAACCAGUGCUGUCAGUAUUGUUGCAUCAACAGCUGAAGAGCCUGAUUUGUCCAGGCUAGUUGUUUCUAACAUUACCUCAGACAGAUUCUUUCUGUCGUGGCGGACAAGAGAGAAGCCUUUUGAUAACUUUAUAGUAGAAGUCAGAGAGUCUGCUUUGCCCUCUCAGGCAAUGGGGCGCGCUCUGCCGGGAGACGUGCGCUCCACAGUCAUGGCCGGGCUCAAAGCCAGCACAAGCUACAACAUAAAGCUGUACGCUAGUACUGGUGGCCAGAACACACAUCCUCUAUUUGCUGUAGCUUCAACAGAGGAUCUCCCACAGUUGGGGCCCAUAGCUGCUUCGUCUGCCAGUCCACAUAAUCUCAGCUUGUCCUGGAGCACUGUGUCAGGCCAUUUUGAUGGCUUUGUUAUCCGGGUCAGUGACUCCGAGCAGCAGUCUGAUCCACUGGAGUUCAGACUUCCUGGUGAAAUCCGUAACAUUACAGUCUCGAACUUGAUGGAUGCCACAGGCUAUGACAUUGAACUGUAUGGUAUUUCUCACGGGCGCCACACUCCCUCUGUGUUAACCCACGCCGUCACAGGUACUAUGUAUUUUACUCAUAUUUUCAACUCCCAUCACUCGUAGGUUUAAAUGCAUUAAGGUCAAACUUGACUUGCAUCAUAAGCCACUAUUAUUUAUGAUUACAUUUUUUAUGAUUUGAAUGAAACGAUUUAAUUUGUUAACUCCAAAGAGUUCAGACAUGAAUAAACACGGACAGUUUGUUUGCUUUAUACUAUUCUGUCAAAGAAACACUAUCUUUUGGUAAAAGCUUUCACAAAAUCAUCCUAAAAUUUGUUUCUCAGAUUCCUCAUAAAAAUCUGAAGCCUGGGCAGGGAGUGUGUUGAGUUGCAGUGAAAAGGAUGAGUGCUAGAAGUCUGAAUUGAUUUCUAUUCAGGAAGUGCAAACUUCUCACUCUCAAAUUUCGAUUUCAUUUUUCCUACCUGAAACGUUUGUCUUCCCAUGUUGAGAUGAAUGUCAUCUUUAUGAAUAGCAAAGCAUCAUAGGCGAUGUUUCAUCACAUUUUCAUUCACUCCGAGCCACGCUCCUUUUACCUGAGUUAGGGUUUCAUGGCGUCGACUGAAAACUAAAAUCGAAGCCGCUGAAUGAAACUUUAUAACACCUUUGGGUGAGAAAGGAGACGUAUCAAUCUUUCCACUGUCUGUGGCAGCCAUAUAAAUCAGUACGAUGCAUUUCAAAUUUGCCCUAAAUGUGUUGUAGCCUUUAAAUUCAGGAGAUAUUCUAUUUUUAAUAGAUGACUAUUUUUGUCCCUAUAAACUAUAAAACCUCACAGAAAGAACAGACUCUAUGAUUUGCCAAGGCAACCAUUGCAC